AUGUACAUACACCAUUAAUUAGCUAGCUACUUCUCGUCCAACCUUAAGUUAGUUAGUUAUUGACAGUUAGUCGGUUAGUUAGUUAUUACUUCUUGGCAGAUUGUGUAUCUGUACUUGUAUAUGUAUGCCUGCAUGCAAACCUGCCUACAUUUCUAACCAUUUCUACACUUAAUCAACAUACAUUAUUCACACACAUUUUCCCCCAAUUCACAAUUCUAAAAACCCCCCCUCUCUCUCUCUCUCUAUCUAUCAUCUAUCCGACCUAGCUUCACAGUUUCACGCACAGAUCCAUCCACAGGACUUGCAGUAAUUAAUGGAGACAAGCUUGAGCAGUGGUAUAGAAGGUGGCCAGGAUCCCAAGGUUGACGAUGACGGUCACCCCAAAAGAACUGGAACUUUGAUAACAACAACUGCACAUAUCAUAACAGCAGUGAUAGGGUCAGGAGUGUUAUCUCUAGCAUGGGCUACUGCACAACUGGGAUGGAUUGCAGGCCCCGCAACUCUCUUGGCAUUUGCACUCAUUUCUUGUUACGCUGCUUCUCUACUUGCUGAUUGUUACCGCUCCCCAGAUGGUAAAAGAAACCAAACUUACAUGGAAGUUGUCAGAGCUCAUCUAGGAGGGCAUAACGUGAAGAUUUGUGGAAUAGCUCAGUUUAGCAAUCUGAUUGGUACUACCAUUGGAUACACUAUCACCACAUCACUCAGUUUAAUGGCAAUCGAGAAAUCAAACUGUUAUCAUAAAAAUGGGCAUGAUGCUAAUUGCCGGCAGAAGAACAUGAGCUUCACAAUCCUUUAUGGAAUGGCACAAGUUUUUCUCAGCCAAAUUCCAAACUUUCAUGAGCUUGCUUUUCUCUCCAUUUUUGCUGCUCUCAUGUCUUUCACUUACUCUUCCAUUGCCCUCGGCCUCUCCAUAGAUAGAAUUGCAAGAAGGGGGUGUGCGAAGACUAGCUUAACGGGACGGCCAAUUGGACCAAACUUCUCAACCACAGAGAAAAUGUGGAACAUCUUUGCUGCCCUAGGAGACAUUGGUUUUGCCUAUAUUUUCUCUAAUGUUCUAGUGGAAAUACAGGACACAGUAAAAGCCUCCCCAAGGGAGAAUAAGGUGAUGAAACAAGCCACUUUGUGUGGCAUAUGUAUUUCCUCCAUCUUCUACAUGCUGUGCGGGGUGCUAGGAUACGCCGCAUUUGGGAACGAUGCACCUUCAAACAUCUUAACUACCUUUGGUUUCUACGAUCCAUUUUGGCUUAUUGACUUCGCUAACGCCUGCAUCGUUGUACACCUUCUUGGAGCUUACCAGGUUUUCGCGCAACCGGUAUUUGCCUUCGUUGAAAAGCGGUGCGAGAACCGAUGGCCAGACAGCAGAUUCAUAAACGGGAAGAGCUUUAAGAUUUCUGCCAACAAAACCUGGAACGUCAGUAUGUUCAAGCUGACAUGGAGGACUGCGUACGUGGCAUUGACAACCAUAGUGGCGAUGUUGUUCCCAUUCUUCAACGAUUUCGUGGGGCUUCUGGGAGCUAUCUCCUACUGGCCCCUAACCAUUUAUCUCCCGUUUCAGAUGUACAUUAAGAGGACCAAUAUUCGCAGGUUGUCUUUCACUUGGAUUUGGCUCACUGUUUUGUGUGUGGCUUGUUUAUUACUCUCAAUAUUAGCGGCUGCGGGAUCUAUUCGUGGCCUAAUCAAGGCUGUCAGGAGGUUCGAGCCCUUUCAAGCUGAAUCUUGAAGCUAGCUAGCUAAUCAUUUAAUGCCUCAUUUUUUUUUCUAGAUAGGGAAUCAUCAAUGUGUUUGCAUUGUAAUUAAUUAAUUAAUUAGACUCAAA